GCGCAAAAUUCUAUGAUGAUUUCAAAAUGACACCGGAAAAAUAUCAGAUCCGAAACAAAAUCCAUUCUUUCUACAAGAUUCAACGAUGUUUAUAGGUUUUCUUCUAAUGUGUACAAUAGAACUUAUAGGACUAGCAUCUACUGCCGAUGAAAACGAAUAUCGUUUGACUCAACAUUUGCUAACAGGUCGUUAUGACAAGAACGUACGGCCUGCGAAACAUGCCUUUGAACCUGUCAAUGUCACAUUUGGUCUUGCACUUACUCAAAUCAUUGAUGUAAUUUGGAUUGAUUAUGGACUAAUUUGGAAUCACUCAGAAUUUGGAGGAAUCAAGGUUGUCAGAAUUCCCGCUGAUAAAGUAUGGAGACCGGAUAUAAUAUUGUACAACAAUGCUGAUUCACAAUACAACAAUGCGCUACUUAGCACUAACGUCAUAAUUUCGUCUGAUGGCAACCUAACGUGGCUUUCGAGCGCCAUCUUCCGGAGUUCCUGCAAGAUAGAUGUCGCAUGGUUUCCAUUUGACGAGCAAAACUGCUCCAUGAAAUUCGCCUCCUGGACGUACGAUGGACGGAGGGUAGACCUUGUCAUACAAACAAGAGAAGGGGACCUUUCAAAUUAUAUCGAAAAUGGAGAGUGGGAUCUUAUCACUGUUGUAGUAGAAAGGAAUGAAGUUUAUUAUUCGUGCUGUUUAGAGCCAUACCCAGAUGUGACAUUUCACGUUGUACUUCGCCGUCGACCUCUGUUCUACGUGUUCAACUUGAUACUGCCAUGCGCGCUAAUCACUGGCAUUGCUCUAUUGGGAUUCUACAUGCCGUCAGACUCUGGAGAAAAGGUGACACUCGGCAUUACCACUCUUCUGUCGAUGACUGUGUUUCUAAUGGUCAUUGGAGAGAGCAUGCCACCUACUUCUGAUACGGUGCCACUUGUUGGUUUGUACUACGCUGUGGUUAUGACUUUGGUAUCUUUAGCUACGGCGAUGUCUGUGGUUACACUAAACAUUCACCACCGUGGUCUACAUGGAAACGAAGUUCCUCCUCUUGUUAAAAAGUUUGUUUUCGGAGUACUUGCUAAAGUCCUAUGCAUCAAGGUGGAUUUUUUAGAAGCUUUCGACACAAAUCAAAAAGUGUUUCACAGAGUGCCUAACAGCAAAAUUAUUCCAGAUCAAAACUUUUGCGAAAAUAUUUCACCCAUAGCUCGAUGUGGCAAUCACUGUAUUGCACAUUUACACAGAUCAAUAAAAAACCCAGUUGAAAAUUUUGAGACUCAUUUUCUCAAAGUUCUCGAUAAAGUUCAUCAAACAAUAGAAAAGAACGAAACGCGAACAGCCGAACUUGAUAGAAGAGAUAAAAUCAAAGCAGAAUGGCAACUGUUGGCUCUGGUCAUAGACAGAUGUUUACUAUGGGUGUUUAUUGUAUCUACGUUGGGAACAACAUUUGGUAUUUUGUCAAUGUCACCUCAUGCCAGACUGUACUGA